AAGUACAAAGUUAUACUGGGUACAUUAGCAAAACAACUACAUAAUGUUCUGCUUGAAAAGCUACUCGAAACUAGCUGUAAACUACGAAUAACACAAAUAAUAUUUAUGAUAGUUGUCCGAUCAGCGAGAUUUAAUGGAUCUCCGCAAAAGAUAUCUCGCUAUAUAACAUUUGCUUACCAACAACAACAGCAGCAGCAACAACUGAGAUGGGACGACGAGCUGCACGCAAACAAACAAACGCUGCACUGCGGCGCUCAUCACGACUCAGAAAUAUUUACAGUUUUUCAAAGGAAACUGAAGAUAUCCAUAUUGGGACAUCUGCAGACCAGAUUUUAAAGGAGAAUGAGGAUGAAAAGAGCACUGAAAAGAAGACCGAGGGGGAGGAUUCACGAAAAGCUGGAAAACCUUCCUCACGUAUCCCCACUUUCCAAAGCUCGCUGACUCGCAAGCGAACUACUACCCAAAUUGCAGAGUCACAGCUGCCAUUAAAGCCUGAAGGACCAACUAGAGAAUGUCAAAUGAAAGAGAGAGGGAUCAGCUCUGGAGAGAAUUUGGCAACAAAAUCGCCAGUGUUUGGUGACCGAGAAACAGCCUUGCCUAUUCUGUCAACUCGCAUACACUCGCACAGCACUGAUGAUCUCUCUGUGGCAGGUACGUCAGAUCCCAUCCAGUCUGAAAGUUCAGAGUCUACAUCAAUACCACAUGAAGGAAACCAGGUUUCCGAUCCAAGUGAUAAAGAAGGUCUUGAGGAAGCACUUCACCGACCGAGUCUUAGAGAAGAAUCAGAGUCCCAUGACAAAGGUUCAGCCGCAGAACCACCUGCAGAGCUUCAAGAUGCAAGUACAGAGUUUCAGUCAAAAGACAAGCAACAAUCACAUGCUGUUAUUCAGGAUAAUCUGGAACAAAAACUUAGUGAAUUUAUGCAGGAUAUUGGAGAUGAAUUGAAGGAAAGGCUUGAAAAAGAAAUACCACCAGCAUCAAUCCUGGAGGAUGCCCAAAAGCAGUUUCUAAGAUUAAAAGACAAUAAAAAGCUUUGUGUCGAUGGGUCUCCUGAAACAUUUUCGAAGCAAAAUGAUGUGCCUGCAAGGAGCCAAACAGGCCGUUCAAAGGCAAAACCAAAACACAGCACAUCUACAAGAGCAAAGAGCUUUGCACUCUUCUGUAUUUUCCCAUCUAUCUUGCUGCUUUUGGUUGGAUUUGGUCAACACAUUUGGCUGUACGGUGUCCCUCGAUCUGUGUCCCACCUUCUACUGCAGCUGGAACUGCACUGGCUUGAAGGUUUCUGGUUGCCCCAAGAGGAAUGCAGUUCUGAUUGUAGGUUGACUCUUACUGAGAGUAUCCCUGAAGGAAUGCUUUUUCCCUCUGGCUCCCCACAACUGCAGAGCAUCACACACACCUGGACUAACCUGCUGAACCGAGCUAACAGCUCAGUCAACAUUGCUGCUUUCUACCUCACAAUGAGCGACUCAGAUAUUGGCCUGAUUGAUCCCAGUGCAAUGCAGGGCAAAGUACUGUUGGAUCACCUGAAACAGCUUGAAUCUAGAGGUGUGAAUUUAAAGAUUGCUGUUAACGCACCUCAGACGUACAGAGCAGACACAGAUGAGUUAACAGGAACAGGUGCAGAGAUCAGAGAAGUUGACCUUAGUAACAUCACUGGAGGUAUCGUCCACACAAAACUUUGGGUUGUGGACAAGAAGCACAUGUAUGUAGGAAGCGCAAACAUGGACUGGCGCUCGCUAACCCAGGUAAAGGAAGUUGGUGUUUCUGUGGAGGACUGCAGCUGUUUGGCACAGGAUGCAGCAAGGAUAUUUGGAGUCUACUGGGAACUUGGUGCUCAGAAGAAUAGUACCUUACCUCCCUACUGGCCUGGCCGAUUCUCCGCGCUCUCCAGCAUUAAGUACCCAUUAACUGUUAAAUUCAACGGUGUUCCUGCACGUGUCUAUCUGUCUAGCGCUCCACCUCAAUUAUCAGCUUCUGGAAGGACAGAUGAUCUCUCAGCUAUCCUCUCUGUAAUUGCUGAUGCCAAAAAAUUCAUUUAUGUGUCUGUGAUGGACUACCUUCCCAUUUCCCAGUACACCCCUAAAACAAGGUUUUGGCCUGUUAUCGAUUCAGCGCUGCGGGACGCUGCAUGUGCCCGAAAGGUGGAGGUGAAACUGUUGGUCAGCUGCUGGAGCCACUCUCCUAAAUCCAUGUUCAUCUUCCUGCAGUCUUUAUCAGUACUCAGCAAGACACCCCUCGGAUGUAACAUUCAUGUUAAAGUUUUUGAGGUUCCUUGUACAUCAGUGCAACAUCAGAUUCCAUUUGCCCGUGUAAAUCAUGCCAAGUUUAUGGUGACAGAUCGCGUUGUCUACAUCGGAACCUCUAAUUGGUCUGAAAAUUAUUUCACCCAGACAGCUGGAGUUGGGCUUGUGGUGAAUCAGACAGGCUACGUGGUGGAAGAGGGCCAGCAAACAGUGCAAAAUCAACUACAUAAGAUUUUCCAGAGAGACUGGAAUUCUGACUUUGCUCAAGCUCUCACAGACGAUCUUGUAGAGCAUUGCAGCAGGAGGGGGAAAACAUUGUAAAGCUCUUUUAUAUAAUAGAGAACAUUCAUGCACCAUUCGGCUUUGCGACUUGCUGUAACUUGGAAUGUAUAGAAACAUGCCUUUACUCUGGGCAGCAUUUGUCUUGACCUUGAACGUAACAAUUCUGUGAUGUAUAUAUUUUAUUAGCUUGUUGUACAUUUUGUUUUUUUUAUAAUUUGUUUACAAGUGUGCAUUUGUCCAUGCCCUAAAAUCUGCUCAGAUGUAUGUACAAGUAAAGUGUUAAAACAGCAUGCUUCAAAUAAUGCCAAUGUUUCAAACAGAGAAUACUCUUAAUGGUUCUUAAUUAAACCAGUUGCAUCUUU